AUGGCGACCGGAGGAAUCACCCAGCUGGAUGAGGACGUCCUCACGGAGAUACUCCUCCGGCUGCCGUCUAAAUCGGUGCUCCGUGCCCGCGCCGUCAGCAAGCAGUGGCGCUACAUCGCCACCCGCCCUUGUUUCGUCGCCGCCUACUCGGUCCGCCGCCCACCGGAGAUCAUCGUGUUCUAUGAGCUCGACCAGGACGGCAAUCCAGUCCCAGACAGCAAACCGAUCGACGGCAAGUACACACAAGCAGUCGGCGCCAUCAACUUCGCUACCCAGGAGGAGGACCUGGUGCGCCGACCCAUCGUGCACUACCCCGCCGGCGGCACCCUGCACCUCCACGCCUUCUGCGACGGGCUCUUGCUCUUCUGUCGAGGAGGCGAAAGGCUCUUCAUCUUCAUCCCAGCAACGAGGCAAGUGACGUUCCUCCCGUCGCUGCCCAUAACAUCGCCACGGGCUUCGGUUCAGGCGGUUGGCUUCUAUCGCCACAGGGCGUCUGGCGAAUACCGGGUGCUGUGCCAUGUCGAGCAGAUCCACUACAUCCUCUCUGCCGGCGCCGGCGCCGGUGAGCCGCGGCGGCUCGCGGACAGCAUUGCGUUCCCGACCUUCCCCGGCGUUGCUCUCCACGGGAGGCUGCAUUGGCUGAUAUGCGCAGAGCAAUCCAGCGAUCCCGACAUGAUCCUAGCCUUCGACACGGUGUUAGACAAGUUUCGCCGGAUGGCGCCGCCCCUGGUGCCCGCCGCCGGCAGCAGCUGCUACCGCGCCCCUCACCUGUUCGAGAUGCACGGGAUGCUUGCCGCGUCGGCGGUGCGGGACGUGCCACACAUGGACGUGUGGGUGCUCCAGGACUACAACAGGGAAAGCUGGGCGUGGCACCUCAGGAUCACCAUGUUGGUUGACCUGUCAGGUUUAAGAGACAAAAACGUUCUAGUCAAAUAA